GAAGUGUACGUGACAAAGAAAUCCUGUGAGUGAAUUCAAGUUAAUUUAUGCUUAUUCUCAUUUCCUGCCUGUCUUGUCAUCAAACAAACCAUACUUGACUAGUGAACUGUUCGUACUUGGUGUUCUGCAGCAAGCAAAAACAGCAUCGUAUUAAUUACUAUGAUACAAGUACCUCUUUCGGUGAAUAGAAAGGAUAUUGACUAACCACCAUUCGAUGAGGGUGCAUUUCUCAAACCUAUAAUAAAUAACAAAAAAUGAGCGAAACCGCUCACGUAAAAGUGCAUUCCGAUUUAUUAGACAUAGAAGAUGAGACCUUUGAGCUAGAGUUGCUUCGUAAUCCAUAUUCCUUACGAAGUUGGCUGCGAUACUUGUCAGCACGCGAAAAUUCUACACUUGAAAAGCGUGUUUUGCUAUAUGAACGAGCUUGUUUAGAGCUUCCUGGAAGUUAUAAGAUAUGGAAAGCGUAUUUGGAAUUGCGAUUAGCACAUUUAGAAGGUGCGUCGUUUGUCACAAACCAACAGGCUUUCCUGGACGUGAAUGGUUGCUUUGAAAGAGCAUUAGUUCUUCUUCACCGUAUGCCGGUCAUCUGGCAUAUGUAUUUAAAGUUUCUUAUGCAGCAGGCCGAUGUGACAAAAGUUCGCAAGGUGUUCGACGCUUCUCUUCGAGCUUUACCAGUGACACAACACGAUGAUAUAUGGAUGUUAUAUCUGGAAUUCGCUGAAGAGAUUGGCGGACUAUUUUGUAUCCAUGUGUAUAGAAGAUAUAUUCAACUCGAGCCUCGUGCAGUUGAAUCCUAUAUCGAAGUGUUAAUCAAUCUGGAGUUAUGGAAUGAAGCCGCAAAGCAGUAUCUGGAUAUUUUGAAUCGACCGGUUUUUCUUUCCAGCAAAGGGAAAAGUAAUUAUCAGAUCUGGAACGAAUUCUCGCAGUUAAUCGUACAGCAUCCUGAGGACAUAGAACAAAUCGACGUUGAACGCGUUUUCCGGGCAGGUAUUCAUCGUUACACCGAUCAGGCAGGUAAGCUCUGGGUUUCUUUAGCUCAAUAUUACAUUCGCUUGGGAUUUUAUGAAAAGGCGAGGAGUAUUUUUUAUGAAGGGAUUACUACCGUCAUGACCGUACGCAAUUUUACCCAAGUAUUUGAUGCAGCUGUCGAAUUCGAGGAACAAUGGCUCUCUAUACGAAUGGAAAAUGCGCCUUCUCAAUCAAAAGAUGAUAUUGGGGUGGACUACCAUCUGUCUUGGUUAGAAAAGCUGCUAGAUCAACGCUCUUUGUAUAUUAAUGAUGUUAUUUUACGACAAAAUAUUAAUAAUGUUGACGAAUGGCAGCGUCGUACUACCUUGGUCGGCGAUGAUCGUGAAAAAAUUGUACAAACUUAUGCUGAAGGCUUACAAAAGAUAAACCCCAAAUUAUCUAUUGGUUCAUUAGGUUCUUUCUUUUCAAACUUUGCUAAAUUCUACGAAAAUAUUGGUGAUGUUCAACAAGCUAAAGUUAUUUUCGAAAAAGCCACUAACGUCCCAUAUAGUUCGGUAAAUGAACUGGCCCAGGUAUGGAUUGAUUGGGCUGAAAUGGAAUUAAGACAUCAAAAUUUUGAAAACGCCAGAAAAUUAAUCGGGCAUGCUGUUAAAGCCCCUAAAAGAAGCGAGAUUAGUUUCUUUGAUGAAGCUUUAUCUCCUCAGGUCCGACUUCAUAAGUCAGCCAAAAUUUGGAUGUAUUAUUUAGACUUGGAAGAAAGCGUUGGAUCUUUAGACUCGACACGGAAGCUUUAUGACCGCAUGUUUGAGCUUAAAAUCGCGACACCACAGGUCGUGGUUAAUUACGCAAACUUUUUGGAAGAGAAUGGGUUUUACGAAGACUCAUUUAAAAUUUAUGAAAGGGGUGUCGCUCUUUUCAGCUAUCCUAUCGCAUUCGAAUUAUGGACUCUGUACCUUGUGAAGUUCAUUGAACGUUACAAGGGAAAGCAGUUUGAAAGAGGUAGAGACCUCUUUGAACAAGCAUUAGAAGGUUGUCCGUCUGAAUUCUCUAAAAGUAUUUAUUUACUUUAUGCAGAUUAUGAGGAAAACUACGGCAAGGUGAAACGAUCCAUAUCAAUAUUAGAAAAGGCUUUGAAAGAAGUUACUCCAAAAGACCGGUAUGGUGUUUUUAAUGUUUUAUUGCUCAAAGUUGCUUUUAAUUACGGUGCACUUGCUACACGUCCGAUUUAUGAAAAAGCCAUUGAAAUCCUUAAUGAUGAAGAAGUAAAGGACGUGUGCCUUCGCUACGCGGAAAUGGAAACACGACUAGGUGAAAUCGAUCGUGCUCGUGCUAUCUUUACCCAUGGUAGCCAAUAUUGUGAUCCACGAGUAGAAACCGAGUACUGGCAACGUUGGCAAGAUUUUGAGCUUAAAUACGGAAAUCCUGAAGAAACAGUUAAAGAGAUGCUUCGAAUUAAGCGCUCUGUUCAAGUAAAAUACAGUACGAAUACAUUGAAUAUAGCAAAACAGGUUGCCUCUAUGGGAACACCUUUAGCAUCUGGGGACGCUAUGGAACAGUUGGAACACUCACAGGCAAACACCAAACACUUAGCAGGGUUUGUUCCCUCGAGUACGGGACCAGUGGGAGGUAUACGGCAAUCGGGUGUUGUUGAGCAAGAACAAAAAAACCCUGAUGAAAUAGACUUAAGCUAAUGAUUCACUAGACAAGAGCGUUACAAUAAAAUUGAAGGUUUUAAAGAGUUC